AUGGCCACCGCCUUCGCAGCAUCAACACCUUCACCUCCCCCUUCCAUUCGCACACCACCAACACCCAGACACGGCUGGAGCGACAACUGGGAGCCUUAUUCUCCUCGCAAGUCGGCACGUAUCUCAUCUCGUCGAGCUGCAAACCGAACUCCUUCUCCGCAACCACCAACUCACCGCAGUCCUCCUCGAUCAACUCGCAAGUCCAUCGCACCUUCCGCAGCCACAGCUAUCAUGUCGCCUGCCGCUACACCUCAAAAGAAGCGCCAACCUGCGCAAGAUUCUGUUCGUCGCGCUUCUGGGUUUCUAGCCGCUGACAGCUCGUCCCACGCUGCAUCGUCGCUCGGUAUUGACAAGAUGGAUCGCCAAUCGAACCACACCGCCUCGACUCGUCGCAACGGCAUGCUGCCCACGCCAGCCAAGACGCCCAAGAAGGCACCUACCGAGAAGCAAACUGCGCACAUCAAGUCGGUCGCGCGCAAUCUGUUCGCUAACGACGACGAGGCGUUGGUCACACCCAAGAAAAAGCGAUCCCCGAAGAAGUAUUCUGGCAAUCCGUUGGAGAGCUUCACGGCAACCGAAGUAGAAGAGAAGAUUGAGAUCUUCACCGAUUCGCAAGACCGCGUUCCUGUGCCCGACUCCAGCGUGGACAACCCGUUUUAUGGCGAUAGCGUCACCGUCGACAGAGAGCCCCCGCGCCGCCGCAGCAAGCGCAAAGUCGCGAUUCCAGGAGAAGCAGCGCAGGGCGUUGACGAUGCGCUUCAGCGUGAGGAUGGCAUGGUGUAUGUAUUCCGUGGAAAGAAGAUCUUCCGCAAGUUUGCUGAGCCCGAAGAUGAAGACGACGAAGAGGGCAGCUCAAGCGAAUCUCGCCUUCGUAGACCGCUCCCGCGUUCUGCCAUCAAGCCGCGCCUACUUUUCCCUGUCGCACCCAAGGCCCCUGCGACAGGUAUCACUCUCGAGGAAGAGGAGGCUGUUACCGACAUCGAAGAUCACCAUCUCGAGGACGACGAGGAGGUUGAGGAAGCACCAGAAACCCCGGCUGAGGUCGAGGAAGAGGCUCCAGCAACUCCCAAGGCACCCAAGUUUGGCCCGACGGUCGCAACCCCACCGUCGACCAGACGCACCACUCGCUCGGGAUUGAAGGCGGAAGAACCGUCACCGAUCAAACGCAAGACUCGUGCGAGUCCCUUUGACGACUGGCCGCGUGUCAAGAGCCGCCAUGGAAGCAGUGUUACGAAGCGAGCGGGCGACGAGCUCGAAGCUUCUGCUUCUAAGCGAACUCUCUGGGUCAUUACUUCGCUUCGAUCAGGAUUAUGGGAGGAGGAAAGCACAAUUCUCGAUAGGCUUUUGUGUAAUGGUUACCUACUUUACUUCACUUUCUGGACAAGGGAAAAGGUGGCUAUUUGUAAAGCCUGCGAGGAAGGAUUGGGAUUACGGCGUUUGUUAAGCCUUCCACCAAGGGCUGAGAUUGCGUGUAGGAAGAGGGCUGCGAUUAGCUCCCAAAAGUCUGCAGACCAGCGAAUCUCGAUCACAAACAAAAAGAGCCUGACCACGUCGGUGAUGUGGGAAGGCCCGACGUUGGCUGGAGGUGCCGUUCCCCUCCGAGAGCGGGCACCGGGUAUCCUUCCGUGUCCAGCAAACGUCAACUUGCCCCACUAUUGCAACCCCUCCAUCCCACUUUGCGCUCUGAGACAUUUACUGGAGUUUACGACAUCGAGUGACUUUUGUCCAAAGUUUCCAACUCGUGCCCAAAUAGUCUCGUGGUCAUCCAGCACCUUAGUGUUAAGCCAAGACCCGCCAUCCACCGCAAAGCGUAAGCCAGCUGUCACCAUGCACAUCCUCCUCACCAAUGACGACGGCCCGCCAUCACCUCACUCCUCCCCCUACGUCCACUCCCUCGUCCACCAGCUCCAGCAAGCCGGCCAUGUCGUCUCUGUCUGCCUCCCGCACACACAGCGCUCCUGGAUCGGCAAGGCGCACAUGAUCGGCCAAACCGUCAAGCCGCUCUACUACCGCCCUUCUACUGAAGGCCUCUUUGGCACCGAGGGCACGACCACGACCCGGCCCUCGGCCAACGGCGCCGACGACGAGUGGAUCCUCGUCGACGGCACCCCAGCGUCGUGCGUACAGAUCGGCCUGCACCACUUCUUCCAGGAGCGCGGGCCGGUUGACCUGGUCGUCAGCGGGCCCAACUACGGCCGCAACACGACGGCCGUGUUCGCGCUGAGCUCCGGCACGCUGGGCGGCGCCCUCGAAGCCGCGGUGUGUAAGAGCAAGGCGAUUGCGCUGAGCUACGCGUUCUUCUCGCGGAACCACGACCCCGUCAUCAUCGAGGGCGCCGCGCGGCACUCGGUCAAGGUCAUUGAGAAGCUGUACCAGCAGUGGCCUGCGGGUGACGAGGUGGACCUGUACAGCGUCAACGUGCCGCUUGUGGAGGGCGUCGAGACGCACAAGACGUACUUUACGAAUAUGCUGCAGAACUACUGGCGCGAUGGCAGCUGUUUCCAGGAGAUUGAUGGUGAUGCUGGCGACGAGGAUGAGGAGGAGGAGAAGAUUCGAGAGGGCGCGUUUGGGGAGACGUCUGCUGAGAAGCCGAAGCAGGGCGAGGAGGCAAAGGCUGGGGGUGAAGUUGCCAAGGGCCAUCGACACAAGCACUUCAAGUGGGCGCCGAGAUUUACAGAUGUGUAUCAGAGCGUUGAAGAGGCUGCCCCUGGCAAUGAUGGAUGGGCUGUCAAAGAGGGCUACACGAGGUAUGUGAUGCCACGACCUGAUAUUGAUGAAAUGGACGCCUUCUUGGAACUGCUUAUGCUAACUACCCAUAGUGUGACGCCCCUGAAGGCCAACUUCUGGCAUGCUGCCCAGGAACUCCAUCAAAAGGAGUUGAUUCUCGAGAAAGAGAUACAAAGACAGAGAGAGAGAGAGCGUGACAUGGCGAUACAUAUAGAGGGACUCCUCUUGGGGGCAAGCUCGGCAUGUACUCUUACCGCUCUCGAUUGCUUUUUGGAGAAGACAAUAAAUCAUUACGAGAAUCAUAUUCUUACCCCCUUUAUCAUCUGUAGUGACAGCCCGCAAGCUGAGGCGCCUGCAAAGGCAGAGACAGAAAUCACUCGCUCGUCGACCAGACUUCCUAUGCGAAGUUCCACCUUUGGUGCCCGGCAGCAGUCGACCACUGACACGACGACGGAGACGACAGUCGCAAACCCAAAGUUCCACGCCAUCAUCAACUACGAGGACCCGUACGUCCAACCGCUCAUCCUCGAGGCCAUGGAACGCCUCUUCCCUGGAGCAUACUCUCUCCUCCCCGCGCCGCAGGAAACCGCCAACGACGACGCCGAGAACGCCGCGAAACUCGCCGUCAGCCUCCCCUCGCCCGACACGAAGAUCCUGCACAUCGCGCCCUACGAGUCCCUCGACUUCGACCACGUCGCCGCGCACCCGACCACGUCCCUCGUAAACAGCUACGUCAUCCGCAAAGCCCUGAUUCGAAAACACUACCUGUCGUCGACGGUGGACCACUGGAUCGCCAAGCACCCUUCCUCGUCGCUCAAGACGCACGUCAAGCGCGGGGAGCACUUUGAGGUGGACUACGCCGAGUUCCUCGACGACGCGCUCGUCGAGGCGUUUGAUCUGCGGGAGAGCAUGGACAAGAACGAAGGGAUCGAAGAGGAGAGCGAAAAGGAGUGGUGGAUUCUGAAGCCGGGGAUGAGUGAUCGCGGGCAGGGGAUUCGGCUGUUUAGUUCGAUGGAGGAGUUGCAGGGUAUCUUUGAUGAGUGGGAGGAGGAGAGGCCUGACAGCGACGACGAAGACGGAGAAGAGGGAGCUGCUACCGCCGCCGGUGACCGCGAAGGAGGAGGGGACUACAUCACGACCUCGCACCUCCGCCACUUCGUCGCCCAGCCGUACAUCCACCCGCCUCUCCUCCUGCCCUCCGACGCCCGCAAGUUCCACAUCCGCACGUACGUCCUCUGCGUCGGGAGCCUCGACGUCUACGUCUACAAGCCGAUGCUGGCGCUCUUCGCGGGCAAGACCUACCGCGCGCCGUGGGAGGACGCGGACCUGGACGGCCACCUGACCAACACCUGCCUACAGGGAGGAGGCGAAUCUGCCUUGCCGCCCGUGAAGCAGUUCUGGGAUCUCGUUUCGUCUUCUUCUUCCGGUCUCCCCGCCGCCACGGCGGACCGCAUCUUUGCGCGGAUAUGCGACGUCACGGGCGACGUCUUUGAAGCCGCGGCGCGGGAGAUGACGAUCCAUUUCCAGCCUCUGGGUAACGCGUUUGAGGUGUUUGGCCUGGAUUUCCUCGUCGACGAGGAGGCUAGGCCCUGGCUGCUCGAGGUGAAUUCCUUCCCGGAUUUCAAGCAGACGGGCGGGGACCUCAGGGGCGUGGUGGCCGGGUUCUGGGAGGAGACGUUGAGGAAGGCCGUUGGUGGGUUCUUUGGUGUUGAGCCCGUCGGUGGCGGUGGUGGUGGUGCUACAGAUGGAGACAUGGUUCAUGUUAGACGGGUUGAUUUGGGCAGACGGUAA